ACAGCCACAGUAAAACAACUAUAGGAAAGGACAUUUAGAGCCGUUGGUAAAAUAGUAACUUGGGUAAAAGGACUACAGAAAUGGACAGAAGGAAAAUGACAGGGGAGAACCAAAAACGGUUGGCCCAUUCUAUGCAUUACUCUACAUAUUUCAAUGCUCACUUCUUCACACUUUCACAAAGCCUUGACCAAGGCCAACACUACACUACUCAAGAUUCUCACACACACUUAGUGAGUGAGAGUAAAUGCAUCAUAGCACCUCAACAAUGGUGUUCAAAAUGGCAUGCCAAUUCCUCACUUUCUCUCUCCUCUUCCUCUGUUUUACUGUUGCAACCAUAACUUCUGCUGAAAUCCUGACAGUCCACUCAGACCUCAGUACUGCUGCUUCUGCUGCAACUUCCAUGGCUGUUUCAGUCCACAACCAAGACCUCACUGAGGUUUCUAACAGUGUUUUAAUGGCGGAAACUUGGCUCAGAAACCAUGUCCUGCAAUUUUACCCUGCUUAUAACAUUACCCACAUUGUUGUUGGACAUAAUCUCCUCUGUUCUUCCAAAACCCAGCAACAAAAUCACCAUCUUUUUUUACCUGCUCUCAAAAAUCUUCACCAUUCUCUCACUAGAUGGGGUUUACACUUAGAAAUUAAGGUUUCCCCUUCUUUUUCUUCUCAUUGUCUGGAACUACCCUCUGAUUCUGCUUUCUCUCUCCUCCAACCUCUUCUACAGUUUAUCCAUUCCACUAAUUCUUCUUAUAUGAUUAACCCAUCUUCUGAUGAAACCCCAAUUUUUUACCCAAAGUUUGAAUCUUUAGCUUUAUCCCACUUGAAAUCUUUGAAAAAGUUUGGAUUUUUAAACUCAGAAGACCUCAAUUUUAUGGUGGUUUCUAACAACCAAACUCAAAUUUUCAACCCUACAAUGAGAAAAUUGACAUACAUUCUUCCAACUCCAUCACCAGAUGAACUACCCACUGCCAGAGGACCAGGUUCACUUCCUCCUCUAGUUGGAGUUGGGCCUACAAUCUCCCAACCAAGCCCAAUCCCUGGUACCCCACAUUUUGGGCUUAGCCCAACCCAAUCCCUAACCCCUCCACCUCACCCCCACCACCACCACCACUACAUACCACCCUGCUACCCAGCACCACCGCAGGCGGAAGCACCACCAGCACCGCCUCAGGCUUCGGCGCCAUCUCCGGCUUUCGAGCCGAGAGAGAAACUGUGGUGUGUAGCAAAGCCAAGUGUUCCUGCAGAGACAUUGCAGGAAGCAAUGGAUUAUGCUUGUGGUGAAGGUGGAGCAGAAUGUGAUGAAAUUCAACCAAAUGGGAAUUGUUAUUUUCCUGAUUCUCUUGUUUCUCAUGCUUCUUAUGCUUUCAAUAGUUAUUGGCAGAAGAACAAGAUUAAUGGUGGUACUUGUGACUUUGGUGGCACUGCCAUGCUCAUCAAUUCUGAUCCUAGUUUUCUUCAGUGUAAGUUUAUUAUGGUGUGAUUUCAAGGAGCUUUAUUGGUAUGUCAGUGAAAUAUGAAUGCCAAAGAUGAACAGUUCUAAUGAUGGUAGCAUUAUCAUGAUUAUUAUAGUUUUAAGUAGAAAGUAUGGGUUAAUUUAUAUCGAUUAGGGUAGGAAUUAGGAUUAAGAAGGGGCCUUUUUUUGGUUAAUUUGAAGGUUACUAAAGCUUUGUACUUUAGCAAUGUUAAAUUAAAUGUAUGGCGCUUGAUGGACAAAAACUUUAGUGCCCUUUGAUUUGUAUGGGAACAAAAGGAGAAUUAAGAGUAUCUAAUUAUAUAGUAUCUGCGUAUCUAAUUAUAUAGAGUAUCUAUUUGCUA